CAUACAUGUACAUGUACACGCUUGUUGUAUCAACCAUGUCCAGAGUCAAAACUGCCCACUAGCCUCCAAGAUUUCCAAGCUUCAUCGGAGCGUCCGUCCACAGAAACGGAGGUAGAGAUGCCUGUCAACUUGCGUUUUGAGACUACUGUCAAGUCAGAACUGCCCACUAGCCCACAAGAUUUCCAAGCUUCAUCGGAGCGUCCGUCCACAGAAAUGGAGGUAGAGACGCCUGUCAACUUGCGUUUUGAGACUACUGUCAAGUCAGAAUUGCCCACUAGCCCACAAGAUUUCCAAGCUUCAUCGGAGCGUCCGGCCACAGAAACAGAGGUUAAGAUAUCUGUCGACGACAAUUCAUGUUCUCAAGUAAGAAGCAAAGCUAAAGGUAUGAUAAUAUUCAUCCCUUGUAAAUACGUGUACAUCCCAUUAUAA